GACUCUCUGUGCGUUGUCUUCUUCCAGGUACCAACUUAGUGCUGAGGCCAUUCUCGGUCACAGUUACUCUCAGAGUCGUGCGUAAGAGGAUACCCUCUCCCAGGCCCAGGUUUUACGCGUCUAUUUUAAUUAUUUAUUUCCGUGUAAAACUGCAGUCUUGAUAUAAAAACAUUGAUGGUCGAUAAUUUCGCCCUGCGUUGAGGGCCCCGGGGAGAACUGCAGAAGAAGGAUUAUAAAGUCACAUCCGUGUUUGUGUUUAUAUCCAGAGACAUGGCUCGACCACGGCCGCGGGAGUACAAGGCAGGAGAUCUGGUUUUCGCUAAGAUGAAGGGAUACCCGCACUGGCCGGCGAGGAUUGAUGAGCUUCCAGAAGGAGCUGUCAAACCGCCCGCCAACAAGUACCCCAUCUUCUUCUUUGGGACCCAUGAAACUGCAUUCUUGGGCCCAAAGGAUCUUCUGCCCUACAAGGAGUACAAAGACAAAUUUGGCAAGUCCAACAAGAGGAAAGGCUUCAACGAGGGCCUGUGGGAGAUUGAGAACAACCCCGGAGUCAAGUUCACAGGCUAUCAGGCCAUCCAGCAACAGAGUUCAUCAGAAACAGAAGAGGGAGUAAACGCUGCUGACGGCAGCAGCGAGGGUGAGGAGGGCGACUCCGUUGAGGAGGAAGAUGACAAGGAAAAGCUGAAGGCAGACAAGACCGCAUCCAAACGGAAAAAGACGGCCACCGCUAAGCAGAAAUCCUCCAAGCUGUCGAGGAUCUCGUCUGGAGAGGAUGGCCUGGAAAAGGACGGGAAAGAUGACGACCAGAAGAGCGGCUCAGAGGGAGGAGACGCCGACAAUGACAUCAUCCAAAAUACCACCGGCAGUAAGAACCAGCUGCUCAUAGAAGAACAUUAAAGGGAAGAAAGCAUUAAAGGGAAAUCAUUCUUUGUAGCUGUGAUGUUGGAAAGGUGAAUCUACAACAUGAUUUCUCAUCAGCACCAUCUACUGGCUGCCAUCGUCACCUCCACUCCUCUGUUGGACCUCCAGUAUGUGUUUGAUGUACCCGUACCGAUAUACUGGUAUCACGUGGAUGCCAGGGUACAACUGGGCAUUAUGUCACACUGUUUUUUUCAGCGGUUAAACUGAACGCCAAGGGGCCGCGUCGGUAAUCAAAGCCUUCGUCAUCUUGAACUCUCUAAAAUAGACAGAUUAAGAUUUUUAAUCACCAGUGACUCUGAAUGCUUGUGAGUAUAUAUUGAUAAAUAAACGUGAAGUAUAGGAUAUUUAAAGGGGCAUUAAGUACUUGACUUGAUUAUUAUGGUGUUCUAUCGGCAACAAUUAGGCAUUGUGAUCAUAUUAGCUGUGUUUAUAUGGAGCCUUUUCUCUGCUAGGCUCAGACUAUAAUAGCCCAAUCAGAAUACAAAUGUUUGAAAUUGUAAGGUUUCAUAACCUGUAAUAAGUGACAUUUAUUUGUUAAGCAAUUGGUGGGUGGUGUGGGUGGCUCCCUUUGACCCUUUUAAUAACUACAAGAGUAGAACUGAAUCACUGGAUAACACAGCAGUAAUGUCCAUCUCUUUCAAAGGUUUUGUUGUUCACGUCAGAACUAUUAUUUCUGAUUAUCCUGCAGCACAUAAAUUAUACUCUACCGAAACAAUAAUUUAAAGCCUUGUCAAAAAAACUCACCACUAGAUGCCGCCAAAUCCUACACACACUGGCCCUUUAAGUUUACAUAAUAACUAGAUGACUUUGUGACAAACCCACUACAGUUAAAUUUCUAAGAUAAUAAUGAACCGAUAACUUUAUUAGGGCUAAUAAAAGCUCCAAAAUUGACAAAUAGGAUGUGAAAUGGUUGGCUAUAUCUCUCAGAGUGAAAUGCGAAACUGUUUUCGGGCAUGUUAAUCCUCUGAGACCCACAAUGGACCCGUUUUUUUCUUUUUUUAGGAGGGUCCAGGGGGUCUUUAUGGGGAGAUAGCAGGUCAACCGUAGAUGUCACAUAGAAGUAGUGUACAUCAUCUGAAAGCUGGG